AUGUUUCCUCGGCCCGUUCGUUUGUGUCGGCUCUCAUCUGCUCCGCGACAAUGUAAUGUCAACGCUCAAUUCUCGUCGCCGAAUCGUUAUCAACGUUUUCGAACCUCAUCCACAACAUCCCAACCACCAUCAAAGGGCCCGUCAGGCAAGCUAUGGUUGACUGCUGCUGUUGUAGCUAUUGCGGCUGGCGGAGCUGGUAUAUACACUCGUUCCCAGGGAGAUACCUCUAGUACCACCCUGGACCCGGGUUACGUUCACGAACUACGAACUUAUUUCAAAGACUCCGGUGUCGUCAACCUGCAGCAUCUUUAA